AUGCGGAAUUUACCGGAGCGCUUUUUUAGAAAAGCGCUCCUAUCGUCGUCCGCCGCUGUUCGCUGUUCCAGAUCGUCGUUCGCCACUGUUCGCUGUUCCAAAUUAUCGUCUGCUGCUGUUUGUUGUUCCAGAUUAGUGUUCAUCACUAUUUGUGCGGCUGCUGUACACCGGAGGAAGCGACACCAUGAAGACCUCCGUUGUAGCCGUGUGUCAUUGCUGUACAGCCGAGGAAGCAACGCUGCAAAGACCUCCGCUACUGCCGUGAAGACUUCCGUUUUCUGCCGUGAAGACUACACUGUGAAGGUACCUACACAAUUACAAGGUUGGGAGUGUGGAUACUAUGUUAUGAAGUUUAUGAGAGAAGUAAUCACACAACAAGAGUUGAUCAUUCCUGAAAAUUAUUUUGUUGGAGUAAGAUGUUCGUAUUUUACUAUGGAGCAAAUAGAAGAUUUAGUUGAAGAGUUGUCAGAAUAUAUUAUUGGCUGUUUGUGAUAGGAAGUUAGAUUUCAAUGUUAGAAAAAUAACAAUAGUUUCAUUUGUUAGGCUUGUUAGAAAUUAAACUAGG